AUGCCUUCGUCUUUCGUUUCUACCGCCCUCGCUUUGGCUUCUGUCGUGCCCGCUCUUGCAGCACCCACAAACAAUCUUCUCAAGCGUGCUGCCCUCCCAGCUUAUGCUCUGACAUACGCACCUUAUACAUACCUUCAAAGUGGUGAAGGAUGGUUCCCAUCAGAUGUUGCAACUCACGUCAAGCACAUGUCUGUCGAGUACGACUACAAAAACGUGUCUACUUCUGUCUCACUCAAGACAUUAAACACAUUCAACUCAUCCACAUUCUUGACAAGUUAUGACAAUGUCGAAACCAAUCCCGCUUGGCUGACAAGCACAUAUGGCAAGCCCAAUGCCAAGGGCUACAGUGCUGCUCCUGCUACCAUCAUCGCUGUUGAGAAAAAUGGGUUUGUCGACGUCUUUUACUUCUACUUCUACAGCUACAACCAUGGUAGUCUGGUGUUGGGAAGCAGAGUCGACAACCAUGUUGGAGAUUGGGAGCACAGCAUGGUAAGCGACAUUUCGGUUAGCAUCACGCCAAUACCCGAGUGCUUACCAGUCCUUACANNGAUUCGCUUCUCCACUGCCGGUGUUCCUCAGAAUGUUUACUACUCCGCUCACAGCAGUGGUAGCGCAUACACCUAUGCAGCCGUUCAGAAAGUCGGCGUCCGUCCUGUUGUUUACUCUGCUGCUGGUAGCCAUGCAAACUAUGCUACUGCAGGCACUCAACAGAUCUACCCGAUCGUCGGCAACAUCGUCACUGAUACCACUGAUGCCGGUUUCUACUGGGACGUUGCACAGAACUACCGCGGCUACUACUAUGACCCCUCUAGCAACACUGUUACCAAUGCUGGUGGUGCUGAUAUUGGUGGUACUGAACAAGCUUCUGAAACUGUUGAUUGGCUCUACUGGAGUGGUAUGUGGGGAGAUGAGCAAUAUCCUGACAGCGACAAGAGACAAAGCUGUGCUCUCGGAGUGAGUUAUUCCCAUCUUGAUGAGUAG